AUGCGUGGUGUAGACAGACGAGACAUCUUGGCAUCACCAAGCAAUCUAAAUUUUGCCCCGUCAGUGGGCUACCCAGCCACAUUUGAAGCUGAGGGGCUUGAAGACGUCGAUUGCCAGGUCCAUUUUCCUGAAAUUAUUGGUGUCUUGAAUGAUGCUUCGGGCAACCAACACAUCAAUAAUCCUAAUUCAUGGGUCGCCAUCACCCAAAGAGAGGGUGCUGCUGGUCGAGCUUUGCUUUCGAUGAGAAAUCCCAGUCUGAGCAUUUGGGAAACUAGAUCCCAGUCCACCAAUUCGUCUUCGUCAUUCGACUGCUCUCCAAGUGAAUGGAGUGUCAACAGCGUCGUACCGUUGCCGGGAGAGCUUACAGCACCGGCGGUACAAGGUGCUGCAAUCCUGCGUAUAUCAAAGGAGGAAACGGACCUGCUUCGUCAAUUUAGCACUGAAGUGGGGACUUGGAUGGACCUGUCCGACUUGUCUGAAACAUUUUCUAAGAAAGUCUGCCGAUUAGCCGUCCAUGAUCCAUUGCUCAAAUCAGCGAGUAUUGCAUGUGCUACUAAGCAACAGUAUCUAGUCGGAAAGCUGGAAGAUGGCAUGCAAAUUGCUCAAAAGAACUACGACGUCGCUAUCUCACUUCUCAUCAAUCGACUCCGGGACUCGGACGAGCAACUUGCUGAGUACGGCUUUGCAGCCAUUGUUAUCUGCUCAUGCUAUGAAAUGCUAGAUGCCCCCACGGCCAAUUGGCAGAGACAUCUGGACGGUGUUUUCUCCUUCGGCAAGGUGCAAAAAGUAAAUGGAUCAUCUGGAGGCAUUGCACAAGCGGCAUUCUGGUCCAUCGCGCGACAGGAAGUGGUUUGUGCUCUUAUUAGUCGGUCAAAACUGCGGCUUGAUCCAGACCAUUGGGCCGUUGAUCUUGAAAAUAUUGGGCAGGAAGGGAGGGAGGAUUUAGUAAACAAUCAGUAA